AUGAUUCAAGCGGACAACCAACACGCGAUGAGUUCCGAGGGAAUUUGGCAAACUCAAAAGGGUAAAAGGAAAACUAAACAAGUAACCGACAACAUCCAUCCUGAUAGACGAGAAAUAGAAACAAAAAACAAGUACACGGUACUAAGUGAUAUCGACGGGGAAAGCAAAGACAACGACUCAA